AUGCUCCCUAUAUUGUAUCUCCUCCAAUUGAAGACGUACAAAGAGAAGAUUCCCACGGUAAAUCUAACAUUUGGGCUUGAGCCACGUUGGUUUGCCAGGAUACGUUGGGGGCUGAGGUCAAAGCAAAUCCUAGAAGAUGCGCAUACGAAGUUUCAAGGUGGCGUGUAUAGGCUCGUCCGGGGCGAUACCAAUCUUAUUGUCCUUCCGCAUAGCUUGAUCCCCGAGCUCAAUCGAUUACCGCCAUACAUACUCAACUCCCGCGACUACCAUUCCUUCUCCGUACUAGGACAUAUUACUGGGUUGGAUACCGUCCGGAAAACGAAUCACCACCUUAAAGUAAUGCUGGGACAAGUCGGCCCAGCACUUCCACACUUGAAUAAGACAAUCGGCGAAAGGGUAGCCGCAGCUAUUACACGAUGCUUUCCACAGCAAACCGACACGUGGACGGCGCUAAGGCCUCUAGACAGGGCCACCAAGUGCGUCACUGAAGGCAUUGUUGUAGCAGUAUUCGGUCGACCUGUCUGCAAUAACCCUAAAUUGAACCACGAGUGUUAUCAGCUCGCUACAGACGCUUUCACCAUUGUAAUGAUCUUAAGAUUCGUCCCUUCGUGUUUACAUCCAUUCCUGGGUUGGCUUCUCCCCGCAAAAUGGCGCUUGAGGCGGAGUUGGAACAAGAUAGACGAGAUGGUUGUGUCAGAAGUCAAACACCGCCAACAAGGAGGAAGUGCGUCGCCAAAGGAUCUCGACUUCCUGUCCUGGAUGGCGACAGAUGAUAAGUCGGUUGAAGUAACUGACCCUCAUAUGCUAGUCAAGCUUGCAGCAACGAUCGCAGUAGGGGGCAUCUACAGUAUGUCCAACACUGUAGUCGGAGUAAUUGACGACCUAGUCGCCCACCCUGAAGUUCUCGAAGAAGUUCGAAAUGAAAUCCAGGAAAAGCACAACGAGAUAAAUGGCAAAUGGGACUUUGCGGCUAUCAAUAGCUUACAAAAGCUCGAAUCGGUCAUCAAGGAGACUACGAGGCUUGCCCCUGGCUCAUUACUUGUUUACAGCCGGGUCAUGAAGGACGACCAUACACUAUCUAACGGGGUAUCACUCCGAAAGGGCCAAACCAUCGCCAUGCCCGCUCACGUAAAAUCCAUGGACCCGGAAGUGUUUCCUAGCCCAGAGACUUACGAUGGGCUCCGUCAUUACCGCAACCUUGACAGCCAACAUACCCGCCCCUUCAUUAGCGUUGAUGGGAAUAUCCUUACGUGGGGUGCUGGACGGUCUGCAUGCCCAGGCCGGUUCAUAGCUAAUACGGUCAUCAGAAUAGCUCUAGUGAAGCUUCUAGAUGCUUAUGAGUUUAAGUUCGUCGAGGGUAGGUCACUUCAGAAGCUUGUAUGUCACGAGUUUGUGUUGUUCAACCCAUUUAGUAAAAUAAUGGUUCGGAAACGGGAACACUCGCUAGGCAUUGAAUUCGAAUAA